GCUUGGACAGAUCCACGCUAUUCCUCAAGUUUAUAGUCUAGUAUUUGCUAUAGAGAGGGUUCGCGGGUGAAUCCUUCCCUUCCCACCUGUAAUUGUAUCGUGUUCGGGUUCAUGUUCGUAGCCAGAGAGAGUUGUCAAGAACUUGGAGAUGGAUGAAUCAGACGGAGGUCAAAAUCCAGCGCCUAACCUUACCUCUAAUGGCGCCAAAGAUUCGAAGGGCAAGUCCUGUAAGGGCUGUCUCUAUUACUCUUCACUUCAGAAAUCCAAAUCCAAAACGCCCACCUGCAUUGGAUUGUCCAAAACUCUCGAGCAAGUACCCAACUACAUAGUGGGAGAAACUGAGUUGGAAGCUUCAAAAGAGGGACGCAGUCUUGCAGACUUCAAAUAUGCUUGUGUUGGUUACUCUGUCCACUUAGAAAAGAAAGAUUCACCAAAUGAUGUGCAGAACAAACAGGCUGAGCUGCCCUUCUGCGUUGGUUUAGAGGUAUUGUUGGACAAAAGGCCAGCGGAACAUUCCCAAGCUCAUGUUCAUGAUAAAACUGAAGAUAGCCCUGCCUUUCCACAGCCACGCAACUAUAAACCGUCCUAUGCAGCUGGAGACGAGUACCUAAACAGGUUUACACGAAAUGCAGUCCUUGUCGCAUCAGGCGUAGCGAGGAACAUGAACAAAGUUUGCAUCUACAUAAAAGAAAGCUUCGACGAUAUUUUACACCCUUACCGAAGACGACCAAAAUGAUGUACGUCCAUGAACUGCUAGAAUAAAGAUCAGUCAUCACAGUAAAUAGGUAUGUUGCAGAACGCCGACAACGCCCGAUCAUACGUAAUAUUGAUCAAAUUCACGUCCUUAUAACUGUGUAAAGAUGACGUCAAGGGAGCACGUCGUCUUUACGUGGCUGUAAUAAAUAAUGUAACGAAUUUAAAUUCUUAUGAGUGUUCAAGCCAUUGAUUGAAACCUCGAGAUAGAAAAUUUUGAAUUACAUAACUUUUUAGAAA